AUGGCUAGUGGUGUCAGUUCUCCGUGUGGCGCAUGCAAGUUCCUCCGUUGGAGGUGUGUCCCCGAGUGCGUGUUCGCAUCAUAUUUCUGCUUCGACCACGGCUCGACCAUUUUCGCCACCGUUCACAAGGUUUUCGACACAAGCAACGUCUCGAAGUUGUUGCUGCAGCUUCCGGUCCACCAGCGGUUCGCCGCCAUCUUUUCCAUCACUUACGAAACUCAAGCAAGAAUGAAGACCCCAUCUAUGGCUGCGUCUCCCACAUCAUUGCUCUGCAACAACAGGUACCAUGGUCUUGAACCUGGGAGCGGAAGUGAUGGAAGCAAGAGCUCUGCAUGCGCAGUACUUGCUAAUUCAAUGAACGCCGGAACUCCGAUGGUGGGAGGGCCGCCAGUGCCGUUUCCGGCCACUGAUCAAAACGCGACAAACCCCUAUUAUUCCGUUGAUCAUUUCAACGAUGGAAGGUUUUGGCCACCGGAGAUGUAUACCGGUGAGGAAGUGGUUUUGUUUCCGGCUGAAAAUUGA